UGUCGUGUGAACUGGCGCCGGUGCCCUCGUGGAAUGAUUUUGCAGAGGGCGACAGCGGGUGCGUGUUGGGCGCGGCUGCUGGCAGCGCUGCUGCUGACGUCACGGGCAGCGGCACAGGCCGGAGCUCCCCCUGGCAGCGGUCAGCCCAAACCCCGCGCCGCGCAGUUCGUGCCCUCAUUCGGGCCGCCCGCACAGCAGCCGGUCUUCGAGUUCUAUCACGAGCCGCAGCACUACACCGGGCAGGCGUUUGGCGACUCGUUCGCGCCGUCCCCGCCGGACCCGCUGCUGAACGCCCUGCGGGCGACGGCAGCGCCCUACGCGGAGCUGCAGAGCAACGUGCCGGAGCGCCUUCAGCUGCCAGCGCAGCCGCCAGAUCUCACCCAGCUGCUGCCGGCCUCGCACUACGCAGCCAGCCCUCUGUACAAGGCGCUAGAUAAGGCAGCGCCUCUCGAGGUAACGGAGGCCCCGGUCACCAUACAGACGCCACAGCCACCGCAGUCUUCUCUGCACAACCCACACUCAUUCCACUCGGUAGUCAACUACGGCGUCAUCAGCGUCCAUCACGGAGAUCACUUCGAACCUCACAACAACGGAGUCGCGGAGCCAGAUCGUCAUCACACGUCAUCAGCGGAGCAGCGUUCGGCGCCCCGCCUGGGACAGUCGACGUCAGACGCAGUGGCGCUAUCGCUGCAGCCGCCACCUGCGCCGGCCGCGCCGCCUGCAGCCCAGAGGCCGCCAGACGCAGAAACUGUCUCCGCUGAGUCUGCCGACGCCAAGGAAGCCGAGCCAAAGUGAUGGACCUCGAACUCUGCAGGAGAUUCGUUGCACCUUUCCAGUUCAAUAUCUGCCCUCGGCUCAGUUUAACUUACCGGAGACAGCCAGGCGCCCUGCACCACCAGAGGAUCCUCGCAUUACCAACACCUGGCUGGUCAUCGACGGCGCAACGGACAGAGUUGCAAAAAAUGUGCUCUCGCUUUCACUGUACAUAUCGACUAAUUUUUGUAAACGAAAU